GUUCUGUGGAAACGGCCAUUACAAUUUUUCUUUUCAUCCGCUUCCGUUCAAUUGACAAUUGACAGCAUUCCUUUUAUCAAGAAUUUUUUUUGUGAAAAGUCGUGUUGAGGGAAACCAAAAACUCCAAAAUGCAGUUGUGCGUUCGAGGUCAAACUACCCACUUUCUUGAGUGUGAAGAGGGGCUAACAAUUGGUCAAAUUAAGGACCGUGUUGCCUCUUUGGAGUCCUUGAAAGAAUCUGAGAUCACCUUGUAUGCUGCUGGUAUCCCAGUUUCAGAUGAAAGUUUGGUAUCGGAAUUCCAAAAUGUUGAUAUUGAACUGACUGUUGGUCUCCUUGGAGGAAAAGUCCAUGGUUCUUUGGCCCGUGCUGGUAAGGUUAAAGGACAAACACCUAAAGUGGAGAAGCAAGAAAAGAAAAAGAAGAAGACUGGCAGAGCAAAGAGGCGUAUCCAGUACAACAGGAGGUUCGUUAAUGUAGUAGCUACAUUCGGACGCAGGCGAGGACCAAACUCUAACUCUGCUCCUGCUUCUUAGAUAUAAAAUGUAGCGACUUGAACAGUUUGCUGCUAAAAAUAAACAUAUUCUCAGUU